CGAAGUGUGAGUAUCACAAAUUCACGCUUCUCGUGUUGGGGAUUAUUGAAGAUUGGCGGCAGCGGACUUGAGCAAAAUAAGGGAGCAGUAGAAGAAUCAGAAUGAUUGGUUUUUAAAACUUGAAGCACACACACUCCCAAUUCAAUCAAUCAAUAUAGUUCAAUAGUACAAUCGAACAAGAAACCCUACAUUUAUAUUUCUCCUCUUUCCUCUUUUCGUCCUCAAAAAUCAUUAAGCCAUGAAUACCGAAGAAGAACCAAAUCCAGAAAUUCAACAAGUUUGCGUCGGUGGUGAUGACCGUAAUAAUAUGGUUCAAGAUAAUAAAUCCAUGAAAGAAGAUUUCGGGAAGAUGCAAUAUGGAUGCGAGCAUUACCGGAGACGAUGCAAGCUCAGAACUCCUUGUUGCAAUCAGAUUUUCACCUGCCGCCACUGUCACAACGAAGCCGCUAGCGCUCUGAGUAAUCCGAAGGAACGCCAUGAACUUGUUCGUCAGGACGUUAAGCAAGUUAUCUGUGCAGUUUGCAACACCGAGCAAGAGGUCGCCGAAUUCUGUUCAAAGUGUGGCAUUAAAUUUGGAGAAUAUUUCUGUCAAAUUUGCAAGUUUUAUGAUGACGAUACCUCGAAGGAGCAGUUUCAUUGUGAUGAUUGUGGGAUUUGUAGAGUUGGUGGCCGUGACAAAUUUUUCCACUGCGCUAAGUGUGGAUCUUGCUAUUCAGUGGAUUUGCAAGAUAAUCACUCUUGUGUGGAGAACUCUAUGAAGCAUCACUGUCCAAUCUGUUAUGAGUUUCUGUUUGAUUCAGUGAAAGGCACAACAAUUAUGAAAUGUGGACAUACAAUCCAUGCAGGUUGCUUUUCCGAGAUGAUCCGACAAAAUCAGUUAAGUCCUGUUGCUCUUUUCUUAACUUUUCAUGUUUCAGUUUUGCUCGACAGACAAGUGGCUGUCUUGGUGUGUGUUUUAUCUUUUCCCUUUCUCUUUCUUGUUGAUCUCCUCUUUACUAUCUUGACACCCUUCCUGUUGCGGUUGGAUUCUCAAUUUAGAUAUCGAUGCCCGAUUUGCUCAAAGUCAGCUCUCAACAUGUCCGAAUACUGGGAAACACUAGAGCAGGAAGUACGAUAAUCUUUUCUAUAGCUAAGUGCAUAUGUGUCAUCCUUAUGGUGGUUAUUUCAAAAAGACCUUUUGUGGACUGUGACAAAGAUUGUAAGCAAAACUUUUGUAUCUAGCUGGACAGCAUGAAACGAAAGAUUUUCCAGCAAAUUGCUAAUUUUUUUUUAAUUAAAAAAAAAACUCCGUUUACAUUAUGGUAGAACAAUUUGAGGUGAUGUAGGAAAUUAGAAGAACUUAAAUGACUAUCAUUAUGUCUGACUCAGUGACUGAGGCUUAUGCUCAUUUUCUGAGUCUUCCUUGGGACAUAACUCAAUUGUGAUUGAUAUAGGUUGUUCCCUUUCCUGGAUUUACGUCUAAGAUUGUUUUUUUCCCUCCUUUGGUGGGACAGAUUGCAGGUGCACCUAUGCCCGAGGUAUAUCGUUAUGAAGUAAGUCGAACUUCCUUUCAAUCUCAAAAGGACUGGGAAAAUUCUUUCCGUCAUGAUUACUCUCCAUCUGUCAUAUCAGAAUGCAAAACUUAUCUUAAGAGUGGUCUUUUUCUGCUACUAAUCCAAUAUCUGCUGUCCUUCUGUCGCAAGCGUUACGUCCUUCCUUUGUUGGCUUCUGUAGUUGAAGUUCUGAAUCUCUCUUGAUUGAUUUUUACAGGUUUCGGUACUCUGUAAUGACUGCAACAGUACUAGUAAAGCUUUUUUCCACAUAUUCGGCCACAAGUGCAAGCAAUGUAAUUCAUACAAUACCCGUGUGAUCGAAAAUGGCAGAAAUAAUCAAUGAUCUACUUUGACUUGCUCUAGGAGAAGCUGAAUUGUUAAGUUUCUGGACUCCCCUAGAUAGUAACACUUUCUAUAAUGGUCAUAGUGGAUACUCAUUAAUCAUUGUUGUAUUGCUUCGUUUACUGUUGAAUCGGUAGCUGCUCCUUGGAGGUUUAUUUUUCUACUGUUUGUUUGUACAAAUACUAUUUAGUCGGUUUUGUGACUCCACCAGGAAUACUGCUAGGUGUCUACACCUGUUAUCUCAAAGUCACAAUUUGUCAAUUUUGCCUUACAGUCGGCUUCUCUUCUGCUACUAAUCCAAUGUCCUUUUUUGUUUGAAGUGUUACUUCCUAUCUUGGUCCAUCUGUAAGUUUGAAACUUCUCUUGAUUUGAACUUCUCUUAAUUGCUUUUUUUUUUUUUUCCUUUCUUUCUUUCUUUCUUUUCUUCUCUUUUUUUGUACUCCGUAAAGACUGCAACAGUACUAGUAAAGUAUUUUUUUC